AUGGACGGCCGCGGGGACGGCUACCACCACCACCAUCACCACCACCACCACCAUCACCACCACCAGUCCCGCCACGGCAAGCGCAGCAAGAGCAAGGACCGCAAGGUGGACUCCCGGCACCGGUCCAAGAUGAUGGGCUGGUGGAGCUCCGAUGACAACCUGGACAGCGACAGCAGCUACAUGGUGUCUGGCCGGCACGCCGCCGACCAGGGCACCCAGUACUGUGUGGACGCUCCCGAAAGUGCCUUCAGAGACUUGACCUUGAAGAGUCUAAAGAGCGGCGGGGAAGGAAAAUGCCUGGCCUGUGCCGGCAUGUCCAUGUCUCUGGACGGCCAGACGCUCAAGAGGAGCGCCUGGCACACCAUGACCGUCAGC